AUGAGAUCAGAGCUAGUGCCUCAGAUCGUCUGGUGCUUCUCAGAGUCUCUGCAUCUCAGCCUCCGUGAACCCAUCAGAGCGGAGGUCAGGCCAAAGAAGACUUCUCUCUGGCUUGCCCAGAUUCCUUUCAAGAUUGGGCAGCCCAAGAAACAGAUUGUCCCCAAAACAGUGGAGAGAGACUUUGAACGAGAGUAUGGAAAACUCCAGCAGCUGGAGGAGCAGACCCGGCGUCUGCAGAAGGACAUGAAGAAGAGCACGGACGCCGACCUGGCCAUGUCUAAGUCUGCUGUGAAGAUAUCCUUGGACUUGCUCUCCAACCCCCUCUGUGAGCAAGACCAGGACUUUCUGAACAUGGUGACCGCCCUGGACACGGCCAUGAAGCGGAUGGAUGCCUUCAAUCAGGAAAAGGUGAACCAGAUACAGAAGACUGUGAUUGAGCCCUUAAAAAAGUUCGGCAGUGUGUUCCCGAGUCUCAACAUGGCGGUGAAACGGCGGGAGCAGGCCUUGCAGGACUACAGGAGGCUGCAAGCCAAGGUGGAGAAGUACGAGGAGAAGGAGAAGACGGGACCGGUGCUGGCCAAACUCCACCAGGCCCGAGAGGAGCUUCGGCCGGUGCGGGACGACUUUGAGGCUAAGAACAAGCAGCUCCUGGAUGAGAUGCCACGCUUCUACAACAGCCGACUGGACUACUUCCAGCCCAGCUUUGAGUCCCUGGUCAGAGCACAGGUCGUGUACUACUCAGAAAUGCACAAGAUCUUUGGAGACUUGACCCAGCAGCUCGACCAGCCUGGCUGCCCCGACGAGCAGCGGGAGCGGGAGAACGAGGCCAGGCUGAGCGAGCUCCGAGCCCUCUCCAUAGUGGCCGAUGACUGA